CCUUUUCCCUCCUCUGUUUCUCUCUCUUCAACUCCAAAGUUCCAUUUUUUUUUUAAUUUUCUUUUGCCGACCAAAAAAAAAAAAAAAGCAAGAAAAAGGAAAUGAAAGAAUGAAACUUUGAUGAGUUAACUCACUCACCAAUCUCGCUCUUUGUCGGUUUUUGGUUCCUCAACUGUUUGCAAAAUGCAAGACCUCUUCGGAUCAGUUCGCCGUUCACUAGUGUUCCGUGCAACCCCAGACAAUAACACCCAAGAAAAUAGUCCUCCAUUGGCAACUACAGCCAAUGCCUUUGUUGAAAGGAUAAAUUCUUGCAUCCGCAAAUCAAGGGUCUUCUCCAAGCCUUCCUCUCCGUCGCCUUCUCCUCCUUUGAUCCGAUGGCGCAAAGGAGAGUUGAUUGGUUCCGGUGCCUUUGGCAGGGUUUAUAUGGGCAUGAAUCUUGAUUCCGGAGAGCUUCUUGCAGUGAAAGAGGUGCUAAUUGCAGCAAACAGUGCUUCAAAGGAAAAAACACAGGCUCAUAUCAGGGAGCUCGAGGAAGAAGUAAAGCUUCUGAAGAACCUUUCGCAUCCCAACAUUGUUAGAUAUUUAGGAACAGUGAGAGAGGAGGAAACUUUAAAUAUUUUGCUCGAAUUCGUGCCUGGCGGAUCAAUAUCAUCACUUUUGGGAAAAUUUGGACCCUUCCCUGAAGCUGUUAUAAGAAAAUACACAGAACAGUUACUAUUGGGCCUUGAGUAUUUACACAACAAUGGAAUUAUGCACAGGGAUAUUAAGGGGGCAAACAUCCUGGUAGAUAAUAAAGGAAACAUUAAACUUGCAGAUUUUGGUGCUUCCAAACAGGUUGUUGAGCUGGCUACUGUGUCUGGUGCCAAGUCUAUGAAGGGUACUCCAUAUUGGAUGGCUCCUGAAGUCAUUUUGCAGACUGGACAUAGUUUUUCUGCUGAUAUAUGGAGUGUUGGCUGUACGGUAAUAGAGAUGGCCACUGGAAAGCCUCCUUGGAGCCAGCAAUACCAAGAGGUUGCUGCACUCUUCUAUGUCGGGACAACAAAGUCUCAUCCACCUAUUCCAGAACAUCUUUCUACAGAGGCAAAAGAUUUUCUGCUGAAAUGUUUGCAAAAGGAACCAGAUUUGAGACCAGUAUCAUCUGUACUGCUAAAGCAUCCCUUUGUCACUGGAGAAUCUCAGGACUCCAAUACUGUUUUGCAUGCUUCAGUCAUGGAUAACUCUGAAAUCUCUUCAGCAUUACAUGCCACUAACCCUGAAGGCUUUCAAGUUUCAAGGUGUCGUGACUCAGCAGAUAUGUGUAAUUUGGGUAGUCUGAACUGCUCAAACGCGUUUGUUGAAAAGUUUUCAGAAAGCAAAAACUUGUGGAGAAUGGACUGCAAUGAAGAUGAUAUGUGUCAGAUUGACAAAGAUGAUUCUAUGGUAAGCAAAGUGAGGCUUUGUUCUGCUUCGAUGAUUGAUAACGUUAACGAGAGUUCUAAUCCCACUUGUGGAACUUCUCAUGAUGGGAAGGGCAAAUUUGAUGAAGAUCCUGAAAUGGUAGCAGUUGGUUUCCCUACUACUUGUGUUGAAGGGGGAAAUGAUUUUUCAUAUACUGGUGGGCCAUCGUUCUCCGAAGAUGAUGAUGAACUCACUGAAUCAAAAAUUAGAGCCUUUUUAGAUGAGAAGGCAUUAGAACUAAAGAAGCUACAAACACCAUUAUAUGAAGAGUUCUACAACAGCUUGAAUUUAUCAGGCUCCCCAAGUUUUGUUGAGAAACGUGAGGAGACACCCCCAAAUUACUUGAAAUUACCUCCUAAAAGCAGAUCCCCAAGUCGUGGUCCAGUUGGCACCCCUUCUUCAGCAGCUGAUGCUAUUAGUACAGGAAGUCCAGGGAGUAACAGUAGCAGGCGAGUGUCAAAUGUUGGCAAUGCUAGUGACCAAACUCCACAGGGCAAUUCAUCCCCUCAGCAUAGUGAUUGGAAAGGGCUUCUAGUUGAUGGCCAGCCAGAACCAAGCAGCCCAAGUUUAGUCUUCUCUGAGAGACAGAGGAAGUGGAAAGAAGAGCUUGAUCAGGAGCUUGAAAGAAAACGAGAGAUGCUGCGCCAAGCAGGUGUGGGAGGGAAGACUUCUUCGCCUAAGGAUCGAGCAUUAAAUAGGCAAAGAGAUCGGACAAGGUUUGCAUCUCCAGGCAAAUGAGUGCAUGUUAGAGCAAACAGCACCUCCUGAGAAGUUCUUACCAAGAGUUCAUCAUACCUUUACAUUCAUGAUGAAAAUGACCGCGACAAAUUUGUCACUGUUCAACCAGGAAGAUUUGCCAUUUUAAAGGCCUAGUUGAUGUUACUCAAACAUAAUAUAUAAAUAGUCAUACUAUAAUUUUCUUUCCCUUUCCCCCCUAUGGGUGUUUUACUGGUUUUUGAGGGGUUUGGUAUAUGCUUCCAUAAGCUUGUCUGGUGCAUAUAUUUGUAUUACUGAUGUAGAAUAAUAAUGAUAAGAUUUUGUGAUUUGAGAUAUGGAAAUUUACCUGCCUGUGCUACUUUACAUAA